AGCUUCCGGGUGCGGGAGAGAAUCUGUUUUUAUUAUAGGCCUAGAGGACUGCUGCUAUGGCCGAGUCCCAGCUUAUGUGUUUGGAUGAUGACCAUGUAAAUGAAAAGAUCCCGGAGUCCAAGCCGGAGUUUUACUACAGCGAAGAGCAGAGGGCCGCGCUAGAGCAGUUAUUGAAAAAUGGCGAUGAGGCCUUUAAAUUGCGGCUUAAGAAGGACAACAUUAAAGACUUUUUGUCCGCUCGUGAAAUUAGGUGCAUUCGAAAUACUUUUAGCGAAUAUGAAGUGGAGAGCGAUUCAGAGAUGUGUGACAGUAAGUCACCAUCCAACUCUAACGCGGACUCCGGUGUCCAUUCCACGUACUGGCCCCAGCUCUCUGAUGCAGAAGUCCCCUCGUUGGAUAUCGGAUGGCCGAACAGUGGAUACUAUAAAGGGGUGACACGGGCAUCAGUGUACACUCACCCCCCUAAAGAUAAAAGCCCCCAUAUCAAAGAAGUGGUUCGGAGACUUAUUCAAGAGGCUAACAAGGUGGUGGCCGUUGUGAUGGACCACCUGACAGACCUGCUGAUCCUACAGGACCUGGUGGACGCGGGGUCACGACGCGGAGUUGCCGUCUACAUCCUGCUGGAGGCCCAGGGGCUGCCCGACUUCCUGGACAUGAUGAGUCGUCUGUCACUCUCUGCCCUCGCCCUGCGGAAUCUCCGGGUGAGGACACUGCAGGGCUUCGGUUUCCCUCUGUCCUCCGGCAAACUCUCAGGCUCCCUGUGCUCCAAGUACAUGCUGGUGGACGGAGAAAAAGUCAUGUUCGGCUCCUACAGCUUCACAUGGAGUUCCUCCCGCAUGGACCGUAACAUGAUCACCGUCAUGACGGGCCACGUGGUGGACUUCUACGACGGAGACUUCCGCGAGCUGUACGCCGCGUCCCAGGAGGUGGACCUGUACAGCGAGUUCCACAUCAACAAGCCCCCAGCGGCUGCGCCCGUACGCAAGACCACAGCAGAGGAAGUGGCGACGGUGGUGGCGGCGGCAGCGCCUGCUUCUGUACGCUCCCAGACUUCCAAGCUGUCCACCUCUCGCUUCCAGAUGCCCGUCGGGGACUCGAACCCUGCGAAUUUCAAGGUGCCCAUGCACAAGUACCACAACCCCAAGUACUCACUGGUCGUGGGCAACAGCCUUGGGGGGUCCCUCUUCACAGGGUCCCUCCAGGACCUGUCCUCCAUCAAGGACACUGUGGAGGUCGACACGGUGGCAGUGAAGGCCCUUCAGAAGAAGUUCCAGCAGGCCAAAAUGGCCAGCGACGAGCAUCUGGACAAGGACUCCACAUCGCCGCUGCCCGCUUCCUCGAGACCCAUAGAGGAGGAGGGAAAGGCGGAACCGAGUGUGACUUCCCCCUUCGGAGGGAAGAAGCAACGCAGCUCGUUCAGACAGUUCCUCAAGAACAAGAUGGGCGGUUCUCAUACUCAAGCAGACGGCCUCAGCAAAGACACAAAGACAGCCAAUCAUAACACAGAAGCUCAAACUGCCCAUGUAAACCAGGACCCAGACACAGUCACAACCAACCAUGUAGCCAAUCACAACACAGAUGAGAGAAUCGACAACCUGAGCAAGGACUGUAACACAGCCAAUCACAUUACAGAUGCGAAAACUCUUUAUCCGUACAAUAGCAAGAUGUUAGAACGCAACCACAACUGGAAUGCAAACCCAGCCACUAACCAUAUGGACACCCAACCUGCCCAUCUGAGAGUAGAGGCCAGAUUGGGCAAUUGCCGCACAGACACUGAAACCCUCAAUCAAGGCAGUUAUGCUAGAUCUAAUCAUGUUACCAACUAUAAAAACCCCAUUCCACGCAAAGAUGCUACACCAAUGGAUCACAGCACAGCAGAUAUUAUAAAAAAAGUAAAUGGCCACCAUCAUGUCCCUAGUGCCGCCGUGUCUAAUGGCAUAGAAGAAGCUGAGGACACCUUUGACAUUCAUGCCAAACCAUCCCUGUUGAAGUUUAAUCACAAGAAGUCUUCCAAACUUGGUCCAAGGACUUUGUCUCUUCAAUCUCUUAACAUGGGUGAAGAAGAUGGCUACAAAGGCCAUAGGAAACACCACAAGAAGAACUGCAUUCAGUCCUAAGGUCAGAACACUCAAGGGAUGGUGUCAAUCUGACCUGUUUGUUGUAAUCCCUCCAUUUUUCAACAUGACUGUGUGAAGGCCCGCAACGCAAAGCUGCGACCUACUGCUCCCUCAGGUUAGGGAGGGCAGUGCUGUGGUUGCCCUUUGACCUUCCCUUUGAUCACUUCCCAGUGACCGCUCCCAGCAGGCCACGCUGAUGCCUGCUACUUCACAGCAGUGAAUGGACUGAGACCAACGUGCUUUUAAAUGGCACCAUAAGCAUUAAAAGCAGAGUCCGCAAUCCUAGCAAAAGGCUGUUGAUAUUUGAUUAGCCAAUCAAAUUACACCUCUUCGUUCCCUGCUUUUUUCUCUUUUUUUGAAGCAACGUUGUUGCAGCAUUGGCUGAAAUAGUUUUUGGUUUAUUAUCAGUCCGAGCCACUGUGUUUGUUUUCGCGUUUAAAGAGCCUAGACUGUGAACACCAUGACAACACACACAGAGUGGACAGCUAGAGGGCAGAAAUUCAGACGAAUGUGACUAAAAAUGUAUUGGAUUAGAAUCACAGUCUGUAGCUUUAAGACAGGUCAACAGGUCUACCACACUGGAUUUUGUGGCUAAAGUCCUUGAAACUCCAGGCCAUGAUUCCAAGUAGGUGGUGUAGUGGCAAACCUUCAAUCUCCAAACUAAACGAAGCCAAAGGGCACUUCUAUUGGGAGGUUUACCACUUCCUCUGGGUUAACUUACCCACAUCUGUCACUUAACCACCUACUUGAAAUACACCGUCAGGCGAGUUUGCCAAGGGUUUACAGCCUUUAGAAGGCUGUUUGUAUGUAGGUGUAAAUUUGUGUACGGUCCUGGAUGAAAAAACAUGCUCUUAAGGAACUCGUGUUAAUUUAGCCUUGUCAGUUAGGUAGCACAGAUAGUACUUGCUGGCUUUUUUGUGCACUGUGACAUUGUGUGUUUUUGUUUUCUUUUUUAUUUGUUAUUGUUUUUUCACUUUCUUAACUUCAUUUGUAUGUUUUUUUUACAAAUAAUGCAUUGUCACUAAUUCUUAUUUCCAUCUUAGUAAAUGCAUUCAUUUAUGAUACAUAUUUAUUUGUUUAUCUCUUCCAGACAUUAUUAUGAAAGAAAUACUUGAAAAGCUAUUAUUCCACUUUGUCAGUUGUCAGUCCUCCAAACUUUGUAGGAAUUAAAAGCAGUAAAAAGACUGCAGAAAACAACUUAGUGCAAAUUUCAUAAUAAGAACAUAAUAUAAAAAGCUGACCACACACAGCUGAUGGGAUCAGAGAGGUGGUGUUAGAUCUGUGUUUGUGUGUGUGUGUGUGUGUGUGUGUGUGUGUGUGUGUGUGUGUGUGUGUGUGUUGAGUGCAGGUGAAAUCCAUAUGAAACAGCAAAAAAAUAAAGCAGUCAUCUACACCCUCCCAGUGUAAAAUACAGUCUGCGACUAUUCUGGUCUACUCCUUGAGAUUUUUGGUAGUAUUGCAUGUCAGUGGAGCCUGUCUGCAUGUGAGAAGUAGCUUGUAUCUGCAGGCAAGAUUUUCUUUUCUUUUUUUCUUUUUCUGUCUUUUUUUUCUCACAAUCACCCACAGUUUGGGGAGUGCAGAGGUUCAGCAAAUCUUUUCAAGACCCCCCACCCCACUCCACCCAGCCCUGGCCCACCACCUUUCUUCAUGCUGACACAGAAAUAGAGACCCUAGCAGGAUGAGGGGAGGAAGUGACACGCAAACACAGGAAGACGAGAGCUCAAGCACACUCACCGCAGAUUCAGCCCACCUCUGUCACGCACUCACAUUUGCUUCACACUUAAUGCACUACAGUGCAUGCACACACGCACACAGGUGUGAAUGCAAUGUAUGCUAAUAGCAAGAAAGAAAGAUGUGAAAUGUAAACAGUUUGGAGUUUACAAGUUCAGUAGUUCAGAAAUAUGGUUUUCUGGAACAGUGUGUGUGUGUGUGUGUGUGAGCUCAUAAAGCAGCUCCAGGCAUGAUUCAGUCAGUCAUUUGUUAUCAUCUGACUGCAGCCUCCUCUGCUGGUCACCUCUCCUCUGUUAUUCCAGUAUGGUAUUCUGCAUGUGUGCUAGCUUUCUAGCACAACAGCGGCCUUAGUGGUUAGGUAGCAUGUGUGCCCAUUAAUUGUACUGCAAUGUUUAAUUUCUAUGGACUGAAGUAGCAUAACAAAAUGUUUCAUUGUGUUUAGUUUAAUUUUUUUGAAGUAUGAUGAGAUUUGUGUUGCUGUCUAUGUUGUUACACUUAGACAUGGCAUGUGGCUUCAUUGGCAGAAGAGCAUUUUAGUUACAGUUUACUUUAGAGUUUACUUUAUUUUAGUUAGCCUUCAUCAUUGAAUGCUGAGAAAUAAUACACAUGUAUCAGUUCAGACUCUG